UCGCCGGCCUUCCACAAUUCUCCCGAAGCCGUCUCCGCCCUUCCACAAUUCUCCCGCGAAGCUGUCGCCGCCAUAGCCAACGCUACGAAACCCGCACUUCGUCUACAACUUCCUAUUUCAUGGCGCCGAAUAAGAGGAGGCUGCGAAACCCGCAGCCUUUUCUAACGGAAAACGAACUUGUGCCGAAGCAUUCGAAAGCAAGAAAGCGCCAUCAUCAAGAGGAUGAGACGCUUUUAUCUUCUGGAAUGAGCUCCAAGAUAUUUAGAGAAGCUCGUAUUCAGCAGAAAGAAAAUGAAAUUGAAACUAGGAAUCAAAACGCCAAUCCUUUCUUUGAGCUUCCUGAUGAAGAGGUUCCCAAGGAUGAUGAGGAUGACAUUGAUGAUUUUACUGGAUUCUCUGAAACUCAAACUCAAAUUGGUACUUAUGAGGAGGAGGACAUUGCUGAGGAAGAUGAGCGAUUAGUGGAAGCUUUUUUAUCAAAGGAUGUAGGGCCACAACGUACUCUUGCUGAUCUUAUCGUGACGAAAAUCAAAGAAAACGAUGCUAUCGUCUCUUCAGGUACACGGCCUCUGCCAAAAUUAGAUACCUCAGUCAUAGACUUAUACAAAGGAGUGGGAAAAUCUCUCAACAAAUAUAUGGCUGGGAAAGUACCCAAAGCUUUCAAACGCAUCCCUUCCAUGCCGCUCUGGGAGGAAGUUUUAUAUUUAACUGAGCCUGAAAAUUGGUCACCAAAUGCAAUGUUUCAGGCCACUAGAAUUUUUGCAUCCAAUUUGGGAGUAAAAAAGGUGGAGAAAUUCUAUAAGCUUGUUUUGCUUCCAGCUGUAAGGAAAGACAUUCAGAAGAAUAAGCGGUUACACUUUGCUUUGUAUCAAGCAUUGAAAAAGUCCCUUUAUAAACCCACUGCCUUCUUCAAAGGGAUUUUGCUUCCUCUUUGUGAGUCUGGCACUUGUAGUCUGAGGGAGGCAGUGAUAAUUGGAAGCAUUAUCGAAAAGGUUACGAUUCCCGUGCUUCAUUCAAGUGUUGCAUUAUUCAAGCUCGCAGAGAUGGAAUAUUGUGGUACAACGAGUUAUUUUAUCAAGCUUAUCUUGGAGAAGAAAUAUGCUUUGCCAUACCGUGUAGUUGAUGCAGUCGUUGCGCAUUUUUUGAAGUUUCUAGACGAGACGCGAGUAAUGCCUGUAAUAUGGCACCAAUCACUGCUUGCAUUUGUGCAGAGGUAUAAAAAUGAACUGCGGUUGGAAGAUAAAGCAAACAUUAGAAUUCUUCUUCAAAGUCACAGGCACAAAGAUGUUACUCCAGAAAUUAUGAGGGAACUAAAUAAUAGCCGCAGUCGUGGUGAGAAGGACGCUACUACAACUCCAGCUCCUGUGACUAAACCUGUGGAAGAAGACCGGUUCAAUAUUCCACUAGUUCCAAUGGAAGAGGAUUAGCAGUUUCACAACAUGGUUGGUUACUCCAGAUUUUGUAGUGUUGAGAAUUGAUAUGAUAUUGAUUUCUAUAUAUUAAUUUAUUUUUGCACAUCGAAAUCCCAGUCUGAAAAGAAAAAGAGAGAAAAAGAUGUGUAUUUUUUUGUAGAAAAAGUCUGGGAGAGAUUUUAUCUUUGACCUUAAUGUGUGUUGUGUUGCUGAGUAAAGUCAAUUUUAAUUUCAAAUCGUAGUAUGGAUUAGUUGAUAAGCAA